CUGACCUUAACGCAGAAGGUCCAUGUCCUCAAUUGCUACAUGGCCAUGACGCUUUACACUGUUCUCGCUGCUGUGGUCGUCUCGUGUUUCACAAGCACUGUUGCUGCUGCUGACAAACCACACAUCGUCUUCAUCGUGGCAGAUGACCUUGGCUGGAAUGACGUCGGCUGGAUCAACCCGGACAUCCAGACGCCGACACUUGACCGCCUCGCCCGUGACGGCGUCAUCCUCAACUCCUCCUACGUCCUACCGCUGUGUUCCCCCUCAAGAAACUGCUUCAUGUCGGGCAAGUUCCCCUACCACACGGGGCUCCAGGAUAAUGUAGUCUUUAUAGAACAACCCAAGUACAUGCCGGCGGACAUAAUCACCAUCCCACAGAGGUUGAAGACCCUCGGCUAUGAUACCCACAUGGUCGGCAAGUGGCACCUCGGCUUCUGUAACUUGAAGUACACUCCCACCUACAGAGGCUUCGACACCUUCAUGGGCUACUAUGCAGGUAUGGAGGACUAUUUCACUCAUGUCAGGGACGAGCUAGCUGAUUACUAUGGAUAUGACUUCAGAAACAUGACAGAGGUCUACAAAGACGCACAAGGGGAGUACUCCACGUACGUGUUUGUAAAGAGAGCCAUCGAUAUCAUAAUGAACCACGACAAAUCCAAGCCCAUGUAUCUGUACCUGCCGUUUCAAGCUGUACAUGGACCCCUGCAGGUGCCUGCUAAAUAUUCCGAUCGCUACAGCCACAUUCAUGAUUUGGAUAGGAUGGUUUACAGUGGUAUGGUGAGUGCUUUGGACGAUGCUGUGUACAACAUCACCACCGUCCUGGAGGACCUUGGAUUCAUGGACAAUCUGCUACUUGUGUUUACAACAGACAAUGGUGGGCUUCCCUUUGCUGGUGGUAAUAACUGGCCUCUGAGGGGCGGAAAAACUACAUUAUGGGAGGGAGGAACCAGAGGAGCCGGUUUCGUCUACAGUAAGACUCUGCUGAAGAAGAGAGGCUACACUCACCCUGGGAUGUUCCAUGCUGUGGACUGGUACCCUACGUUACUGGACAUAGCUGGGGGAGACUCCAGUAAACUGGAUAUCGACGGAAUGAGUCAAGUCGACAUGAUCCUGAACGGAGGCAGUAGCAUAAGGAAUGAAUUUGUCUACAACAUCUACGACGACCACUACGCCGCAGCUCUCAGAUGGGGAGACCUGAAGUUGAUCGUUGGUGACCCUGGGUACGCAGGGUGGUACCCCCCUGCUGGGUCUGACAUAGACGGCUCUGCCAUGGACGACUCUCCCUCUGACAGUGUCAUGCUUUUCAACAUCCGCGCCGACCCCACGGAGCACCAUGACAUCUCGAAGGACAACCCCACCCUCGUCAACUUCCUCCUGCAGAUGCUGGCCCUGAAGAAUGCGACUCGGGUGCCUGCGAUGGAUCCACCUUCUGACCCUCGAUCUAACCCGGUCAACUUUAACGGUGUCUGGAGCCCCGGCUGGUGCUAGAUUCCUUGAAUGCAGUCACGUGACCAUCCGCCCCACCGAGAGAUGGUAUCGCUAAGUCAUGUAACCAAUUUAAUUAAGUCUGAUUUACGUGACUUUAUGUGCACGUGUAUUUAUGCAUGAAAACAGAUCCGGUAAUGUAGGACACCCAGUUGUAGAUGAACCUUUCGGCAUGCAUUCUAAUGUGUUUUACAGAAAGUGCAUUAACAGAAUUAUUGUGAACAGUAUAUUUUAAAUACAGGAAACGAUCACUUCUGUGGUCACUUGUAA